AUGGCAUCGUUAGGCGAAUUCUGCGUGUCCGUAGUUGACAGCGUAGAUAGUUUUCAGUCUAUUUUCACCUCCAGUAGUUUUGAUCACCUGCUACUGUGCUACGAGGCGGAUGUUGAUGCAGUCACUGCAGCAGAUUUGAUCGCUUUUGAACGGGUUGUUAAGGCCGCCGCUACCGAGUUUGGCACGAGGUUGGGAUUGCACCUGUGGAAUUGUAGCGAUGACGCCUUCGGUGCCGCCAGAACGCAGCUGGGCAAGGAAAAGGGGACGCCGCUCCUUCUCAUUGUGUACAGGGGAGAGAUUGCGGACAUGCUACACCAGCCACUUGCGAAUCUGGUUUCUGAGGUGGCGUUGGUAUGCCAACGCCUGGCUUCGUACCAACGUGGUGACAGUAUUGCCGUAGUAUCAUCACUUCCGUUAUCCCCGCAACAGCCAGUGCAAGACGACGCAGUUGAUACGGCUUCAGUUGUCGGACAGCGAAUGACAGUAGACAUCGCUCGGUUGAUUGAGAUGGGCAAGCGUUUGAUGACGACGGGCCGGGCGGAGUAUGCAGAGAAAAUCUUUGGCCGCGCGCUUGGCACUCUAGAUGCAAUGUCUUCAAACUGUGGAAGUGAUACCAGACUGAGGGGAAGCACAGCAAUGUGCCUCGCAUGGGUGAGUCUUGCUAUCCUGGUCCAGGGAAGGUGUGCAGACGACCACUUGCAACGGUUGCGGGGAGACUACGAGGAGUUUUGCGUGGAAUUUGAAAGCGACGCUGCGCGCGUAUGUGCCACGCAACGAAUGAUGCACUCUUUGACAAUUAAGUGGAAAGGCGAUGUAUGUAGUGAAAAGAGACUACGGUCAAUUCUCGCGGACGAUCCGCACAAGCACGAUCACCGUUGUGCCCUUGUUGUGACCUUGUUUCUUUCGGGUGACCUGGAGCGCUGCCUCACGGAGGCGUUGAAGCUUCAUGCAUUCGGUGUGCCGUUUGGCGCUGUAGCUCUUUCGUCCGUUCGAGAUUAUGUUGGACCAGAACACCCACUGUUUCAGCUGACGGACGUGCCUUCGUGA